AUGCUAAGUACAACUAAAAGGUUUUCAUUCUGUUCAUUGAAAAGAGCCCAACAGCAUCUCAACAUCACAAGAUUCAAACACGUUUUGGGUAUUGAUUUGGGAACAACAAACUCAGCAGUGGCAUAUGUAGGCGCCGAUAAUGAACCGCACAUCAUUGAAAAUGAAGAAGGAAGAAGAACCACGCCUUCCAUUGUGGCAUUUGACAACGGGAAGACUUUGGUGGGGAUAUCGGCCAAAAGGCAGGCAGUGAUUAACCCCCAAAACACCUUUUUUGCUACAAAGAGAUUAAUUGGGAGAAAAUUCGAAGACAGCGAAGUACAGAGGGAUAUCAAAAAUGUCCCUUAUGCAAUCGUGCCGAAUAGACAAGGAGACGCAGUACUAAAGACUUCCACUGGACGUGAGAUAAGUCCUUCGGAAAUAGGAGGGUUGAUUCUCCAAAAAAUGCAAAAAGUUGCAGAAGAGCAGUUGGGAGAAACUGGUAUCAACCAAGCAGUUGUUACUGUGCCAGCGUAUUUUAAUGAUAGCCAAAGACAAGCCACCAAAAAUUCAGGAAAGACUGUUGGGUUAGAUGUGCUCCGUGUAAUUAAUGAGCCAACUGCAGCCGCACUAGCAUACGGCUGUGACAAAUCGAGAAGGGAAGGGAUUGUUGCAGUUUUUGACUUUGGUGGCGGAACAUUUGACAUUUCGAUUUUAGAUAUCGAGGAUGGUGUUUUUGAAGUUCGAGCCACAAACGGAAACACACACUUGGGUGGGGAGGACGUUGAUAUUAUUUUGUUGAAACGGAUCAUUGAAAGUUUCAAGCAGAAAUAUGGAAUCGACUUAUCCAAGAAUGAAUUAGCAGUGCAAAGAAUUCGAGAGGCAGCAGAAGACGCAAAGAUUGAGUUGUCUAAAGUAAAGGAAACUGAAAUCAAUAUUCCAUUCAUAUACGAGGACAAACAUAUCAAGUUUAGUUUAACCGAAGAAGAGCUCGACGAGAUGUCAAUGCCUAUCAUAGAGCAGGUGGUUGAGCCGGUUAAAAAAUGCGUGCGAGACGCAGAGCUUAAAAUGAAGGAUAUUGAUGAAAUCCUUUUGGUUGGAGGCAUGACUCGUAUGCCCAAGAUAAGGAAAGUGGUGGAGGAACUUUUUGGAAAGAAACCAAGCACAGCAGUUAAUCCAGAUGAAGCAGUGGCUUUAGGCGCGGCGAUCCAAGGAGCCGUUCUAUCUGGUCAAGUCAAAAACGUGGUUUUGCUAGAUGUGACACCAUUGUCAUUGGGAAUCGAAACGUAUGGGGGCAUCUUUAGUCCUUUGAUACCAAGGAACUCAGCAGUGCCUAUCAAAAAAGAACAGAUGUUUUCCACCGCAGUUGAUGGCCAGACUGGAGUUGAAUUACGUGUUUAUCAAGGAGAGAGAAUGCUCGUGAAAGAUAACAAGAUGAUUGGACACUUUAAGCUAUCCAAUAUACCACAGGGUCCUAAAGGUACUCCCCAAAUUUCCGUUCAGUUUGAGAUUGAUGCUGACGGUAUCAUCAAUGUCCGUGCAUCAGAUAAGACCCCCUAUCCAAAGGAUUCUCCUCAUUACGGAAAAGAAAACACAGUAUCAAUACAAGUGACAGAGGUGGGAUUAACCGAUUCAGAAGUGGAGAGAAUGAUUCAAGAGAGUAACAGAAAUAAAGAAGCAGACGAAGAAAUGAAAAGGUACUAUGAGCACGCAUCAAGAGCCGAGAUUUUGUGUGCUGAUACCGAAAUGGCGUUGAUACAAUUUGGUGAAUUGAUGGACAAUUCCGAAAAGGAAAGCAUUCAAAGUUAUAUUCGCGAAAUCAAGCAGUGGAUUAAUGACAUAAGAACUGGUGAAAAGCUACACGAUCCCAAACAUGUCAAUGACAAACUUAAUGAGAUGCAAAAGACAUGCAUGGAAGCCAUCAAAAAAGUUGCAAGUAAACAGCAAGAGCAAAAAAGUAAAUAG